UUUUUUUCUCUCUCCAAAAAUGUUCCAGCCCUGGCAGCAAAUCCCCAAUGACCCAGCUUGGUAUGGUAUCUAACUACUACUAACUUAAGUAGUAGUGGUUACUAACUAGUAGCAAGCAAGUCAUUGGAACCAAGUACAGGGCUACGGCUACUUGUUCCUCCUUCCGAGUUCAAUCAUGGUUCCCAUGCUUCAACAUCUCCUAGCUUCUCUUCGCCCCUUCGUCUGCCUCCUCUUCUCUUAGUCCUUUUCCCCCUCUCCUCUCCUCUCCUCUUCUUUCACUCUCACUCCCCCCCUUGGGCCAUUCCCUUCUCUUUUAUCUCCCCUUGUUCGUCCUCCCCUCCCAACUCGCCCCAUCCCUCCACCAUGGGUGAGCACCAUGGCCGAUACUAAGUCGCGCCCUUUGGCUCCCGCCCCGCCGGGUGCCAACGCCGCUCUCGAUGCCCAACAACGCAGGAAAAAUGUAGGCACCGCCUGUGCGGCCUGCAAGACUCGAAAGCUCAAGUGCACAGGUUCCGUGCCCUGUGCCAACUGCGUCAAGAGCAAAGUCGAAUGUACCCUUGACCGGAGUGCCGAUAAGCGUCGUCGUGGCGCCCUGAAACGCAAAAUUGAUCAGCUUGCCGACCAGGAGGACCUCCUUGUCCGGCUCGUCAGCGUUCUCCGCGAGAGUGGCAAUCGUCGCGCCGUGCCCUUGAUCAACCUCAUCCGCAGUGACGCCUCGUUGGACGAGAUCCGCUACUAUAUCAACCACCAGCUGCCUCGCUUGGACCUGGCGCAGACUCCGGAACUCGUCGAAGUAUGCCAGGAGGUGAAGCAACUCCAGCCAUCUGAGUCGCGGUCCAUGCGGCGGAUUCUCGAUGCCAAACGGUUAUCCGACAUUCCUCGCUUUCAGGUCCCCGCUCGACCUUGGACGACCGUCGUCUCCGAUAAUGAUUUCGUUUCUCACCUCAUCUCGCUCUGGUUCACCUGGUCGCAUCCGUUUCGAAACUGGAUCGAUAAGGAAUUGUUUGUGCGGGAUAUGCAGGCAGGAUCGCUGUCGGCUCGAUUUUGCUCCCCGUUUUUGGUCAACAUUAUCCUAGCGGAAGCUUGCGCAUACUCUGAUUAUCCAGAGGCAUAUGCGAGACCGGGAGAUGCGGCUUCGAAAGGAGCCCGCUUCUACGAGGAGGCCAAGCGUUUACUGGACAAGGAAGAGGGGCGGAUUACGCUUCCAACCGUCCAGGGACUAGGUGUAUUGUGGGCAUGUGCUUCGAUGACUGGGCGGGAUCGCCAAGGGUGGAUUCACCGCGGCCAACUUGCCUAUGCUAUCCAGGAACUUUCGCAGAAGAAUUCCGUUCUGGCGUCUGAUGCCGAUGAAGAUACGCUCCGCAUGGUUCGAGUUAUUAACGGGACCGUUUGGGGACUGUUCAACGUGGCCACGAGUCACGCCUUGGCCGACAAGAGCCGCCCCUUGAUCAAGCCGCCGCAGCGCCACAGUCUGCCCCUCGUCAGCCAUGAGGGCGACUCGGACGAAUGGCGACCGUAUCCGGAUCAUGCAGAAGGAACGGAGGGGCAUUCUGUCUGUCUGUUCAGCGCGCUGUGCGGCUUGAGUUUGAUUGCCUACGAUGUAGCGACCUUCUUCCACCGCGAGGCGCCAUCGCGCCCACGGGCGGAGACGGAAAGUAAAGUGGCAGACCUUUAUGAGCGUCUUCGUCUCUGCUCCGACCGGUGGCCCACGUGUCUGAAGACUAAACUUGAGGCCCCACAUAUUCUCUCUUUGCAUAUGUAUCACCAUGCGAUAAUCAUGAGAAUCUACGAGCCGUUGAAGGAAUAUUCCACACUGCCCGUUACGACCAUUUCGCCUGUGCGCGCCCGUGAGAUGUGCUUCUCGUCAGCGCGUAAUAUCGCCCACCUGAUGCGGAUCCACCGUUCUUGCUGGGGACUCGACCGCAUGCCCGUCAGCAACAUCCAGUGUAUCACCGAGGCUUUGUUCACGUUGCUGGAUGACUUGGAGGAGCCCAACAACCGUGAGGCAUUCAUCACCCUCAGUAUCGCGGCCAAGGCAUUUUCGCGACGAUGGGAGUCGAGCCAGACCAUCCUAGGCACGCUCCGCACGACCGCCCAGGCGAAGAGGCUGACACUGCCCACGGAAACUGACUCGCUGUUUACCAUCACGGUUGCACCGCCGCCGCUUGGCCUGCGCGACAGCGUUGACCUCCUUGAUGACAGUGAGGAGGCGUAGGACCAGGGUUGAUGCCAUAGGACAAGUUAGGCGCCCAGAACUGGCACUGUCUCUUGACUUACGGCGCUAUAUAGACCCUCAGGGAUGUCUGGAGGGGUGGACUGGUACUUAGUGACAUUACGCUUAUUGCGAUGGUCCCAGCGUGGCUUAGAUGUGUGACAUGCUGCGUGCCAGCCCUAUGUUGCUCAUCCGAGGCACGAUCCGGGCCGACGGAAUUGGUUCAUAUCCGUGAUAGAUUAUAAUACCCAUAGAACCUGCAAGUUGAUGUAGC